AGCGUGAGUCUAGUUGUCAUGUCAGAACGAGGCUUGGAGUAUUGUCCCCGCCCCUACAUGUGGCUCCUGAUUUGAACGCAUCUUGUUUAUUACAGAACAUCUAGCUGGUUCUGUUAGGAGAGCUUUGGACUUUCAACAUGGCUGAUGACCUGGGAGACGAGUGGUGGGAGGAGCCAGCUGGGGAGGAACAAGAAAAUGCAGGUGACGUGAAAAGUGAAGAAACUCUUGACACAAAGACUACAAAGAAGAGAAAAAAGCCAGCUUCAGAGACAUUAACGACUGCAAAGAAGAAGAAACCGGGUAAAGAAUGCAUUUUAACGCAACCAGAAAAUAAAGAAGAGGCUCCGGCAAAAAUCAAACGAAGGAAAAAGAAGACAAUUACUGACGUUCUUGCCACAUCUGUGCCAAAAGCCGGCUCACCAGAAGACCUUCAAAACCUUCUUCUUCAGCAUUUCGAUAAUACAAGAUCAGUGAUUGAACUGGAAGAACUCAAACUACCAGAUACUUGUUUUGUAAAAGCCAAUGACUUAACCCAUACUCUUUCGUCAUACCUGAAUCAAACAUGCCCUAAAUGGUCAAAAAUAUCAAAAAAUCACAAGGAGAAGAAAUCAGUGCUGCUCUUGGUAGUGUGCAGCUCAGCCCACAGAGCCUUGGAACUCAUUAAGCUGAUAAAUGCAUUCAAAGGAGACACUAAGAUUAUGAAGAUGUUUGCAAAGCAUAUAAAGAUACAAGAUCAAAUAAAGAUGUUGGAAAAAAAUGUCAUCCACCUUGGAGUGGGAACCCCCGGCAGGAUUAAAGCCCUGAUAGGACAAGAUGGACUGAGUCUGAGUUCCCUAAAGUACAUUGUGCUGGACUGGAACUGGAGAGAUCAGAAGUUAAGGAGAAUGAUGGAUAUUCCGGAGGUGAAGAAGGAGACGUUGGAACUCCUGGAAGGUGGACUUUUAUCUGCCUGUAAAGCAGGAUCUGUGAAGCUUGGUCUAUUUUAAUCAGUGCUCUCAACAGCCGUGUGUUAUUUUACCUACAUGUUUAAAAAAUGUUUUAAAUGUAUAAGUGUUGUGUGGACUGUAUACAAACCAAUAUAGAUAAACUGUUUCCAUCUGCUAUCUCUGAAAGUUAGUGUAUUUGUCUUUAUUACAUUAAACAAAUUUACAUUGAAGACAA